AUGUCCGAGUUUUGCUUAUGUCGGCGUCUACUGCUAAUCCAGAUGAGCAGAUUAUGGAAAGCAGCAGAAUGUCCUGUGGGUAAUUACAAAAGCGACCGGGGCAAUGCAUCGUGCCAGAAGUGCCCACCUAACUCGGAGGCAACAAGAAGCGGUAGUCUACACUGUACAUGUCGUCCAGGUUACUUUCGUGCCGAGAACGAAUCUGCUGAUAGGCCGUGCACUCAAAGCCCUAACCACCCUUCACGUCUUCAUGUUGCUGAUAUCGAUCAGUCUUCAGUGACAUUGGAAUGGGAUGAACCGUCGUCGUUGGGUGGCCGGACGGAGAUAUGGUACGAGUGGGAAUGUUCACGAGGUGAUUGUUCUGUGGUUGUUGCAAUACCUGCGGAUAAAAAACUGUUGUCAAGAACGGUUCGGCUAAUGGGUCUGAAACCUGACACGGAGUACUCGUUCAACAUUUUUGCGAAAAAUAGCGUAUCCAAGUACACCGAGACACCAGCAUAUCGGGUAAUCGAUGUACGAACUCCACCUCUGACUCGAUAUGUCGUGAGUGGUCUACGUGUAGAAAGCGAGCAAAGAGACGGUAUAACUCUUGCCUGGCUCUCACCAUCUGUUGCGCAACGGAUGAAAUAUGAAAUUGAGAUCAAGCCGAAGACGGGCAAAAGUGUCGUCGCGGUGACGGAGAACAAUUAUCAUACAUCAUUAAACAUGAAUCCUAGUGUUCCAUAUCGCUUUAGGGUGCGAGUUUACGUGAGCGGCUGGGGUGAGUGGAGUGAUCCGCUUUGGUACCAGCUCGGACGUGGAAUUGUUCAAGAACAGCACGGUCCGGGAGCGGUACCAUUUGGUGCACUUCCUGGGUGGGUAGUGCUGAUGACAAUGGUGUUGUUCGUACUCGUUCUCGCAUUUCUGUUUGUAUUAUGUCGGCGUAAAACGCAUAAUCGGAAACAGAUGAGUGAUCUGGAUGUGCUCGACACCUACAAGCAAGACACGAUGACACCAGAUUACAUUUCCGGUAACCGGCAAUUCACCGAUGCCUUUCGUCCCGUAAAACGAGUUUUUCCAGUAAACGCACCCCUCAUACCAUCUUAUGGAGGAAGUUCCUCAUCUCAACCACCACCGUACUACGGAAGUGGAGGAGCCCCAUCCGCAUUCAAGCCAUAUGUUGAUCCGACAACGUACGAGGAUCCAAACCAGGCGUUGGUGGAAUUCACUUUCGACAUUGAUCCUGCUGCUGUGUUUAUAACAGAAGUGAUUGGUGGUGGUGAAUUUGGUGAUGUCUGCAAGGGCGGUCUGAAGAGGAACAUGAUUGGCGGUGGUAUCGCAAACAGUAUUUUUGAUAAUGAAGUCGAUGUUGUGGCAAUCAAAACGCUAAAGCCUGGUAGCACCUCAAAAGCGAAGGCAGACUUCUUAUUGGAGGCCUCAAUUAUGGGCCAAUUUGCUCACCAAAAUGUAAUUCGCUUGAUCGGUGUUGUUACUCGAUCGGAGCCAGUUAUGAUAGUUACUGAAUUUAUGUCAAAUGGUUCGCUGGACUUCUUGCUUCGCAGCAAAGAUGCUCGUGGAGAGGAAAUUGGUUGGCCUCGGAUCGUAGAAAUGUUAAGAGGAAUAGCAGCAGGCAUGAAAUAUUUAACCGAUAAAGGAUACGUUCAUCGUGAUCUCGCUGCCCGAAAUGUAUUGGUCGACUCGGAGUUGAACUGUAAAAUAGCUGAUUUUGGCCUCUCUCGUGGGGUUGAUGAUUCUGCAGAACAGGAGUACACGACGAAUGGUGGUAAAAUUCCUGUACGUUGGACAUCACCAGAAGCAAUCACUCAUCGUAAAUUUACGGCAGCGUCAGACGUUUGGAGCUUUGGUGUUCUAGUUUGGGAAACUUGUUCAUUUGGUGAAAGACCGUAUUGGGAUUGGACAAAUCAGAAGGUCAUUAGUGAGGUCAUGCUCGGAUAUCGUUUACCAGCUCCAAUGGACUGCCCUUUGGCACUACAUCGGCUCAUGCUGUGGUGUUGGCGACUAGACCGACACGAGCGGCCGACAUUUGCACAGGUUCUCGCCAUUCUCGAGAAAUAUGCGAGGAAUCCUGAGCUUAUUCAUGUGGAUAGUUCUACUUUGAUUGCUGGAAGGAAUGGAAGUUCAGUGGCGAAGUGA